CUCCUCCUCCAUUUUCUUCCAGUUCCAUCAGCUCCAAGAAAACCAUGUCCGGCCGCGGCAAGGGAGGGAAGGGCCUCGGCAAGGGCGGCGCCAAGCGUCACCGGAAGGUGCUCCGCGACAACAUCCAGGGCAUCACCAAGCCGGCCAUCCGGCGUCUUGCACGGCGUGGCGGCGUGAAGCGCAUCUCGGGGCUCAUCUACGAGGAGACCCGCGGCGUGCUCAAGAUCUUCCUCGAGAACGUCAUCCGCGACGCCGUCACCUACACCGAGCACGCCCGCCGCAAGACCGUCACUGCCAUGGACGUCGUCUACGCGCUCAAACGACAGGGACGCACCCUCUACGGAUUCGGCGGCUAG